AUGAUACACUACCGCCGUCACAAGCGUGAUCAGCCAGAGGAGAACUACGUUGCUCUAGCCCCAUCAUAUGAGCUCAUUCUUUCACACGACCAGCCAUCGCAAAUUGACACUACGCUGGCGGUUACUGUCGAAGAGGGUCAAGCGCUUCAUCUGAUGUGUACUGCUGGUGAAGGUAUCGACGAACAGACACUCAAAUUCGAGAAAGGCUUUGAAGAAGUGAAAGGACAACGGAGUAGGAGGAGUGUCAGAAAACACAUCUCCAGCUUCGAGGAUGCUACUCACAGCGGAAUCUAUGAGUGCUUUGCACGGACAAGUGCUGGUGAAGAAUAUUCGCGAAAGAUGAGGGUCUCCACGAAGGCAGUUCUUCCCAAAGGCCUCACUCCGUGUGACAAUGUCGAUGACUUCUGUGGAAGCAAUGGACGGUGUGGAAUGAAGAAUUAUGAUAAAAUUUGUGUGUGCGAUCCCGGCUACGUAGGGCAACAUUGCGAACAUCUGCUCGUAAAGGACUAUCUGAUAACUACUGUGAAAGUUGUGGCUGGUGCCGGUGGAACGCUGAACAUCAUGUUCAUCUUUCUCACUCUUAUUUUCGCCUGUUUGUUUUUUAAAGAAAGGAAGCGUUUACGCCAGCUUCAGUCCCAUUCAGUGCUGCCGGCUGAAGAGCCAAUAUUCGUGACAAAGCCUCGAAACCCCUACGACGACAGCGACGUGCAGCAGGAAAAGGCGUGCCUGGCGACUCCAUGCAUCCCCGAUCGGCCGCUGUCACGCUCAACCCGGCUUUCCACUCUGCGCAAAUUCCGCAACGCCAUCAGGCAUUUUUCUGAUACUGAGGUUCGAUUUCGUUAUCAUAAAUGCCUGGUGAAAGAGAAGAAGUUUGAAGAAGCGCUUGCUGUGCUGGCUAAAAUUUCUGGUCAUCAGUAUAUCCCUAAAGUACGCUAUGCUAUGGCAAAGCUCCUUUCUGGAAAAGACCACAAAGGCGUCAACAUUUCUACUUUAUAUCUUCAAGAUGUUUUUACCCACUGCAAUAGCGCCUUUGGGUCAUUAGCUGCAGUGCUCCGUAGUGGAGCGUCGACAGCAUACAAUGCUGUCAUUGACAUUAUCGGCGAAAGUUUGGAAGGAUCAACUGCUGCGAAUCUCACGACAUGGCUUGAGGCUCAGAAACUGCUCGGAAGCGGGCAGCCAGAACAGGCGCUGAAAAUCAUGUUACUUCUGGGGACGAAUAACCCAAAGAUUCUAACGGAGAUUGGAUUAGUUUACAACACGUUAGGAAUGCGACAUGAAGCUCGCUCUGAGCUAGCCAAGGCACACUCAUUGGAUGGCGAGCAGCAUUAUGCUAUGGACACAUUGGCUUUGUUGUUUUCCCAGAAUUCUCCACCUAUGGCUAAGGAACUCGAAUCGUUGGCAACUCAACUUAUGAACUCGAAUGAGAACACGGUAGAGGCGUGGAUAGCAGUCGGGCACUGUGCUCGAUGUCAAGGAAAACUUAAGACAGCAUUGUACUUCGCCCAUAAAGCAUGCAAUAAAACCGUGCUUGGUGACAAGCCUAAGUCAGAGGCAAUGAUGCUGAAGGCCUAUGUGCUCCUUGACCUUGAGAAAUUCGAUGAAGCAAUGCGUCAUCUCAGUGCGGCAAUAAAAAGGGAUGUGAAAAACAUUGACUUAUAUGAGUUGCAAAUUGUCACAUAUUUACAGAGAGCUAAGAUUCGGGAGGCUCGGGCUGCAGUUGCUGUUUGUUGCCAAAAUCUUCCCAGUUGUCCACGAGCACGUGUUCUUAAGGCACAGGUUUUGCUUGCCUCUGCUAAUGGAAAAGAGGAGGCACAAGCGAUAUUGGAGGAAGUGGUGUUUGCUCAUCCGUAUCUUCUUGAGGCGGUUUGGCUCCUUAUUAGUCAAUACGAUAGCACCCACAAUUAUCAAAAGGGUAUAGAAGUAUUGAAAAAAUUGACCGAGAAUUCUAUGGUUCCAUUUCAUUCAAUGGGUCGUUUACAUCAUCAGCUGGGUGAAUUUUUAUCAAAAACGGGUAUGCCGGCUGCAGCGUAUCAUCAUACGAAUUUAGCUCUUACAAAACAUUAUGAAGAAGCAGCUGUGCAGAUGACUCACUUAGAACCGACGCUAUCAUUUCACACUCCACCUAUGCCAACGACUCCAACAUGCGUGCCAUCCGAAUGUCCUGGUGCUCCUCGUCUUCGGGGGCGACAACGACAUGCAACUCCUUCAUCUGCAUCAACAGUAGGUGAUCUAGAAAGUCGUGGAGUCCGGUUGUUCUCCUUCGAUUCUCCAGUAGAUGACACGGCAACAGAAGCAAUGGACGUGCCACCAGAAGGGUGA